CUGGCGGAAGAGGACGAUUCUCGACUGACGUCGAAGCAUGCGCUCGCGAGUGCCUAUCUCUCUGACAGACGGAUCAAGGAGGCCAUCGAGAUGCUUGAGCACGUGGUGACGGUGUGGAAGAGGACGCUGGCGGAAGACGACCAUUCUCGACUGACGUCAAAGCACGAGCUAGCUAAGGCUUAUCUCGAUGACAGACGGAUCAAGGAGGCU